CGGGCUGGACCGUAUCAAUUCCUUUUGUAUGGAACCUAAAACAGAUGGUCCAGGUCGCAGCUACCCUUUGCCCCGGCCCAUCGCUGAGGCCGGAGUUGUGACAUCAAGUGCCAUCCAGACAGGACGACAUCCGAUCAGCCCGCAAAGAGCUCGCCGCCGCUUCCACCAUCGGCCAUGGCGUUGCAGCUGGCCGCCUUUACCAUCUCCGCUCCUCCUCGCCCCUUAAACUUUCCCAUCCUUCCCUUCCACUGCGCUGCUUCAAGUCGUCGACUUUCGGCUGGUCUGCCUCCGCUCCGGAUCAAACAACGCCGCCGGAUUCUCGCCGAAAUCCCUUCAUCGGAAAACCGUUUCCAACUCUUGCGAUGCUUGGAGGCGGCAAUGCUCGCGCUCGCCUUCUCCGCUGUUGUCUCUGGUAACGCCUCGGCGUCAGGAUUGCCCCUCCUGGAUUCGUCGGUACUCUCCCGGGAGCCCUCGAACGCGCUUUCCCUUCCCACUUGGGCCAUUCACAUCUCGAGUGUCGCAGAGUGGGUUGCGGCCAUGGCUCUAGUUUGGGAGUAUGGAGAGAAAUCGGGAUUUGAAUCUUGGAAAGGGCUUUCUUGGGGCAUGGUUCCUCUUCUUGGUGGAGCAUUGUGCGCGUGCACCUGGCAUUUCUUUUAUAAUUCUGAGUCGCUCGAUGUACUUGUGGCUCUACAAGCAGCAUUGACAGUUCUUGGUAACUUUACAAUGUGCAUAGCGGCAUUUCGUAUCUACAGGUCCACUCGAGGAUGACUGAGGCCCCAUUAUUUUCCUCCAAUGGGUCAUCUUCAUCCCCCAUGUAGCUGCAAAAACUGUAUCGCAGCAAAGGUUACCUCACGACCGAAGUUGUUGACAGGCCAGUGCAUUACUUGGGAAAUGAUUCAGCAGUUAGCAUGGAGUCCGGUGCCGAUCGCCCCUCCUAUGUGCAUCGGUUUUCUGUCUUUAGUGACCAAUACUGAUCAUUCGUGUAAAAACAUGAAAUGGAAUGUACCAUAUACAGUUUCCUUUUACUCGUUCUUUAGAUUUUCACUAGGAUGACAGCUUAGCAGAUCAUGCAAUUGGAAAAAGAAGAAAGAAGGAAAAUCCUUCAUGAUGUGCACUACAUCAAUUAUAUUAAUGUUUUCUCUUUGUUCCUGUCCU